CUCCGGGACGGAGUUGGGUUUCUGGAACCGGAGAAAGCGAAAUCGCUCCGAAUCCGGGACUCGCGGAUCAGAUGCAAAAAAAGUGGGGGGAAGAGGGGUUGGAUUUGCGCUUCGGGGCAGCCGCGGAGUAAAUUUUAGCACGGGGCGAAGGGGGAGAAGAGCUCAGCGGCCGGUCGCCCGCGGGCGCCGCCUUGCAAAGCUCACGGGCGCGCCAAGUUAGCCCACCGGCGCUGCAGAGCUUGUUGAAUGGCGACGGGAGCUGCGGGCAGGUGGCUGGCCGGACCGGACCGAGAGCCCUGGCCGGGAGUGGGCAUCUCCCGGCGGAGGCAAACAGGUCAAUGCUGAAGGACGCAUUUCCCACCGAAAAUGCUCCAGGAUUUCCACGGACAGAUUGGCGGGAGAUGAAAAACGGGGCUCGGGUGCGAGGAGACACCCCAACCUGCAUUUUGCAGGCAUCUCUGGAAGGCUGCGUUGAAAACCCAGCGGCCUGGCGCACGAGGACGGUGUGAUUGCGGGUCACUCCCCGAAUACUCAGUGCUGGGUGGGGGAAGUCUUGGUACAGCGGUCGUCCUGCGCAGCGUUUGGCCUGGGUAGCUGUGCUAUGAAUUGGUGGCUGAGGCUUGCUUGCCUUACCCUGGUCUGCAGCAGCCUUGCUGAAGCAGGUAACAGCAAAGCAGAAUCUCGCACGGUGGUCGGCCGCAAAGGAGAGAGCGCCCUUCUGCGCUGCGACCUGCUGAAGCCGGACGAGGCGAGCCCGCCUCUCUACGUCAUUGAGUGGGUGCGAUUUGGUUUCUUGCUCCCCAUCUUCAUCAAAUUCGGGCUGUAUUCCCCCCGGGUGGAUCCAGACUACGUGGGUCGUGUACGAAUCCAAGCUGGGGCUUCCCUGCAGAUUGACCGUCUGCGUGCCGAAGACCAGGGCUGGUACGAAUGCCGGGUGCUGUUCCUCAACCGCCCCAACAACGAUGACGAAUUCCAGAAUGGCACCUGGAUUCACCUCAUUGUCAAUUCUCCCCCUGUCUUCCAGAAGACCCCACCAGCCUUGGUAGAAAUCCAGGACCAAAAAUCUGUCACCCUCUCCUGUUCGGCCACCGGCAACCCACCGCCUCUCGUCUCUUGGAAGAGAGACAGCCAAACCAUUGACAAUGGCAAUGAAAUGCAGGUGAAAAAUGGGACUCUCUUUAUCUCUAGAGUCGAACGGACGUCGGCUGGCCUGUAUUCCUGCCACGCCACCAAUCAAGAGGGGGGGCUCAUUCACACGACCCGCCUCCUCGUCCAAGGGCCACCGGUGAUUGUGGUCCCUCCCAAGGACGUCACGGUCAACCUCAGCCAAGAUGCCUUUUUCGCUUGCCGAGCUGAAGCCUAUCCUGCCAAUCUCACCUACAGCUGGUUUCAGGGCGGCACCAACGUCUUCCAUCUCAGCCAUCUCCGCUCACGGAUUCAAAUCCUGGUGGAUGGAAGCCUUUUGGUCCAGAAAUCGACCCCGGAAGAUUCGGGAAAAUAUACUUGCAUUCCCAGCAAUGGGCUUUGGAAAUCGCCAUCCGCUUCUGCCUUCCUUACGGUUCUGUACCCAGCUCAAGUCGCUAAGAUGCCUCCAGAGACCUUUCUGCCAAUUGGUAUGCAAGGCAUAAUCCGGUGCCCCAGCAGAGCUAACCCUCCCCUGCUCUCGGUCAGCUGGAUCAAAGACGGGCAGCCGCUGGAGAUUGGCAAGUUCCCAGGUUGGUCCCUGAAAACCGAUGGGACGAUAAUCAUCGCCACAAGCAACGAUGACGCCCUGGGCGUGUACGCCUGCACCCCGUACAACAGUUUUGGAACAGCUGGUAUUUCCACACCCACCCGGGCUCUCCUCAAAGACCCUCCCACGUUCACCCUUCGGCCCAAAGAGGAAUAUUUCCAGGAGGUGGGUCGGGAGUUGCUAAUUCCAUGCGUGGCUCAAGGAGACCCCCAACCCAUCACCUCUUGGACGAAAGUGGGCAGCAAGACCCUGGCCAACGCGCAGGUGGGCACGAACGGCAGCCUGAUCCUGCAGCCACUGACGAAGGAACAGCAUGGCUUGUGGGAAUGUGCCGCCAACAACGGCGUGGCCAGGGUUAGUGCCACCACCACUGUCUACGUCUUGGGUACCAGUCCCCACGCCGUGGUCAACGUGUCCGUGUGGCCCCUACGACAAGCAGUCAAUGUAACCUGGGAACCAGGGUUUGAUGGGGGUUAUUUCCAGAGAUUCAGCAUCUGGUACACGCCAAUAUUGAGACGCCUGAACCGGCCCCACCACGACUGGGCCUCGUUGCCGGUGCCUGUGGGGGCUUCCCACAUCCUGGUGGAGAACCUCCGGCCAGAUAUGAGCUACCAGUUCAGCGUCUUGGCUCAGAACAAACUCGGCAGCGGUCCGUUCAGUGAAAUCCUCUCCAUCGCGCCUCUGGGGGUCCCCACUCAGGCUGCGCCCCCCAUCCUUCCAACCACGGCCUCCCUGGUCUUCCUUCCCCCACCCCAGUUCCUGAGGUCCAACGAGACCACACGUGGGGUCCUUCUCCUGUGGGAACCUCCGCUCCACGAUCCUACAGCCUUAAUGGGAUAUUCCCUGGAGCUGCGGCAGAAUCGGGGGAAGUGGGAGGUGCUGAGUGGCUCCAUUCCCAGCUCCGAGACCCAAUUCCUGGUGCCUGGACUCAUCAAGGAUACCUUCUAUGAGUUCCGCCUGAUGGCCUUUGCCGGUAGCUACGUCAGUUACCCCAGUAACGUGGUCAAUGUUUCCACCACGGGGAUGGAAGUGUACCCUUCUCGCACCCAGCUCCCUGAGAUGCUACCCCAACCUGUGCUGGCCGGUGUGAUUGGGGGCGUCUGCUUCCUGAGCACGGCAGUCAUCUUCAGCACCAUGGCCGCCUGUGUCAUGAACCGGAGGAGACAAGCCCGUCUCCGCAAACGCAGGCAAGGUAAGAGCCGCCGCCCCCCAAAAAGUGGACCAAAACAACUGGACCAAAGUACAGCUAGCCCAGACAGCAUUAUGAAGCUGAAAUUUCAGGGAUCUCCCUAUCAGAGUCUUCGCCGAACCCUCUUGUGGGGCGAAAAAGUCGGCCGCAACCUCAGCCUCGAUCUCUCCGGCGGCCAUGUCAUGAACAGCACCAACUACGUCCUCUACGAGAGCCACGUGGAGCAGCCGCUUCCUCUCGAACGCAUUUCCCGUGGCCCCGAUGGCCGCUUCGUGGUGCAGAGCGAGGAGGCGUCCCAAGAACACCAGAGCCCCUUCUCCCACCUGGAGAACGGCGAAAGCCCACCGGAGCCCUAUCUCCAGGUCUUCUCCUCUCCCGAGGACGCUGGAUGGCACCACGGCGUCCACCUGAGAGCCAAGAACACCAGCCAGGCCCAGCAGGACGCCAAGGCCUCCGGCCAUCGCCAGGGACGUUAUUUCGACUACAGCAGCAGCAGCCUGGCGGAGGAAGGCGAGCCCUUGCAUAUCGUCAACAUCAGCCCGGUGGCCGCCACGUCAUACGGCGCUGUCCCGGAGACCCUGUGGCUCCGGGACAACGCGGUGGCAUCUUCUCCGUCGUCCUCGCCUCACCGUAUGUCCAAAGCGACUUCUCCGUCCCCGAGAGUCCAGGCCGGCGCGAGUAAUUCUGCUCAGAGUGGGAUCCUCCAGUAUCUGAGCUUGCCCUUCUUCAAAGAGAUGAAUGUGGACGGCGAUUGGCCGCCGGAGGAGAACGAGAAGGAAGACGGACUCUCGGGGGAGACCGUCGACCACGAGCCCGGCCUGCUGGGCAGCCCCCGGAGGUCUUUUUUUCCAGACCAGGAUAGGCCAGCUAGUCCGAUCUACAUGGACAUGGAGGCUGAUUUGAGCUCCGUUCAGGAUCAGCUCGCGGAAACGUGCUUCCUCCGACUUCCGGAUCCCGAUACGGGCCCACCGAAGACCCCUUUGCCGGGGUCCCUGGCUUGCCCGCCGUACCUCUGUUCCAGGACGGAGAGCCCACCCCCGAAGGAUCAAGGAUGGUUAUGCACGCUCCCGUCGUCCUCGCCCUCCUCCCAGCUCCUUCCGGAUUGCCCCCAGGCUGAGCUCUCCUGCCUGGACUUCCCCUUGCCCGAGCUGCCCCCCGAGAAACACAAGUCGCCCGCCGCCAAUUUCCCACAAGCCCUCCCCUUGGAGAAAUUCCUGAGGGGCAGCCUGACCAGCCAAAGCAGCGGGCGGGGCAGUGGCUCUUUCCUAAGACCGCCGUCGUUGGCCACCUCCGUGGCGGGCAGCUACCUCAGCUCCCCCUUUGGAGACGCGCCCAGUUGCCGAAGCAGCUCCGUGGGAGAAGAGAACAGAUCCAAAAAGGAGAAUUUAGCAGCUGCGCUGGAGAAAAGGAGGAACACCUCCGUGGAUGAAAACUAUGAGUGGGAUUCAGAGUUCGCUCUGGAGUCGGAAUUACUGGACGCCUUACAACUCUAUCGGAGCGGAGACCCCAAAAGGCCCAUUUCCACCAUCGCAGCCCACGACUUGGAGAAGCAGAGCUUCAGAGAUUCAAGCGAAUCCAGCAGAACGUCUCCUGCUAAUUCACAGUCGGUUGGCGCCUUGGAUGGGUCCAGCUCUCCGUUGCCCUUGGCUAGUCCCGAGGAGCGUUGCGCCGCCCUGCGCAAGGAAUUCCUCGCUUACCGGCGGCGGCGAGAAAUGAUUCAGCAACGGCGGCAGAAGAGGGACCCCGGCGGGAAGGAUGAGCGAUUUGAACAAGCCACCUUAUUCUGAAAUCUCCUCCUUGGGAUUUUUUCCGGUGGGACAAUUUGCCCUCUUGUCCACAAGAGGGCGGCUUUGGGACAAUCUGAAUGCUAACUCUGGCCUCUAGAGGCCUGCAGGAGAACUUUUUCGAACUUCAAAGUUCCAAAGAUACCAGGCAAUUUUUUUUUAAAAAAAAAAAAAACUUUUUUUCCCCAAAUCUCUGGAGUAAUUUAUCCAGGCAGGAAGAAAAAUACAUUGGCGCCACCCUUGUGGAUGUCUGUGUGUGUAAACCUACGUGUGAUUUAUUUCCAGCCGGAUUCUAGAUGAGAAGCAGCCGGUGAAUGGGAUGUUUGGUAAAUGGAGGCUUUGCUGGGGAACAAAAAACAAAAAA